AUGCAUACUUGGAGUGUGAUGCUAGUGUGCGUCAAAACGGAGGUCUGGCUGCAGAGCCGCAGCGGUCAGGAUGCCAGGCGUAGCGUCGAUGCCUCAAUAGUCGGGAUUUCAGUUGAGAUCGAUCGGGACGCCGACGAUGCGCUUGUGCAAGUUGUUUGGCCGAGCAAGGGGGAGAAGAAGCUGGGAGAUGGAGAAGAAGAAGAAGAAAAUCUUGCAAGUCGACUAAGGGAAGGCGAGAGGAGAGGAGAGGAGAGGCGAGGAGAGAAGGAGCAGGCAUCAGCUGUCAUGGGCUCGAAAGUGGAAAGUGCGCCCUACCGUACAAUACCCGACUGCUAUACGCUCGAGAUGCCUGGGGUCGGUUUUGGGACCCUGUCUAUUAGUACGGAGCACGAGGAGCCCAUCUCGAGACGGCCGUUCCAAUACCGGGACGGGAAGUACUCGCACAGCAGUGGAGAUCGGCAGAAGCUCGACGGCUCAGCGUUCUAG